GAUACCAAGUUAAAAUCGCUUGAAAGAGGCCAUUCUAAUCCUUAUUUUCUCCCUGAAGUUUCAUCUACAUGCCAUGCUUUUCUCACUUAAGCCCCUCCGGUCAAGAAGAGGGACAUAUGCAUAUCCACGCAGGGCUGAGGCACUAGUUCUUGACGAGGAAUUAGUUGCUUGGGAUUAUAUUUUUUAUGAUCAAGAAAAUCAUUUAUCGAAGUGUUCUUCAUUCUCGGUCUAAUAAUUAAGCGCCUGAUCGGAGCAUCGGAGCAGUCUUCUGGAUCCUCCUUCCGGCAGUUCCUCGAUCUGUCGUCUGUCCAUUGGCAAUCGCACGCUUGAUAGAGAACAGUUUAUCGCUCCGCGAGCUCUUUUUGCACGUCUGGCUGAGAGGCUUCAGCACUGCGAAGACGAUCGGCAUCCGUCCAAACGCUUCAUUUCAGUGUGUGUGUUAAUCUCUGCGGAAGAAGAGAGUGACUUGAGUUUCUGACGGUGCCAUCCCUCCUGCGACAGUUGAAGAUAUGGAUGAUAACAAAGGGUCGCCGUACCGGCAGAGGCGGGACAUGGAAGCCGGCGGGAGCCGUUCCGAUGACGUAUAUGAUGAUUCCUCCGACACCUUUUACAUCCCCAGCAAGAACGCUCCGAUAGAGCGGCUCAAGCGAUGGAGGCAAGCGGUAUUGGUUUUGAAUGCCUCUCGUCGAUUCAGAUACACGCUUGACUUAAAGAAAGAGGAAGAGAAGCAGCAGACACUGAGGAAGAUUAGGGCUCAUGCUCAGGCUAUUCGGGCUGCACAUCUUUUUCAAAAUGCCAGAGGACCAACUAAUGGAGCUAUAAUACCACCGAUUCCAAAUGGUGAUUUUGGCAUUAGUCAAGAUCAACUUGUGGUCAUGACAAGAGAUCACAGUUCUGAUGCUUUGGAAGAAUAUGGAGGGGUUGAGGGGCUAUCAAAGCUGUUAAAGACGAACUUAGAUAAAGGUAUACAUGGAGAUGAUGCAGAUUUGCUGGCUAGAAGGAAUGUCUUUGGCUCAAAUACAUAUCCUCGAAGGAAAGGAAGGAGUUUUUGGAUGUUCCUUUGGGAAGCUUGGCAAGAUCUUACUUUGAUCAUAUUGAUCAUAGCUGCAGUGGCAUCUUUGGUACUGGGAAUUAAGACAGAGGGUAUUGAAGAAGGGUGGUAUGAUGGUGGGAGCAUUGCUUUUGCUGUUAUUCUCGUCAUUGUCGUUACAGCUAUAAGUGAUUACAGACAGUCUCUUCAGUUUCAAAACUUGAAUGAAGAGAAGAGAAAUAUCCAUCUUGAGGUCGUUCGAGGCGGUAGACGAGUUGAAGUCUCAAUAUAUGAUCUUGUUGUCGGUGAUGUUGUGCCUCUUAAUAUUGGUGAUCAGGUUCCUGCUGAUGGGGUCUUGAUAUCUGGCCAUUCUCUUGCAGUAGAUGAAUCUAGCAUGACAGGAGAGAGCAACAUUGUCCACAAGGGCUCCAGGGAUCCUUUUCUGAUGUCUGGCUGUAAAGUUGCUGAUGGUAGUGGCACUAUGCUGGUCACAAGUGUUGGGAUUAAUACUGAAUGGGGGAUGCUUAUGGCCAGUAUUUCAGAAGAUACUGGAGAAGAGACGCCGUUGCAGGUUCGCUUGAAUGGUGUUGCUACUUUCGUCGGUAUUGUUGGGCUGACAGUGGCUGUCUUUGUUUUGGCUGUUCUUUUGAUCAGAUAUUUCACUGGACAUACUAAAGAUCCAAAUGGUAUUGUUCAGUUUCGAGCGGGGAAGACUAGCGUUAGUGAUGCAGUAGACGGAGCUAUCAAAAUUGUCACUGUUGCGGUCACAAUCGUAGUUGUUGCAGUGCCUGAAGGGCUGCCUUUGGCUGUUACAUUAACACUUGCGUACUCAAUGAGAAAAAUGAUGGCCGACAAAGCCUUGGUGAGAAGACUCUCUGCCUGUGAGACUAUGGGAUCAGCCACUACCAUAUGCAGUGACAAGACUGGAACCCUGACUCUGAAUCAGAUGACAGUGGUUGAGGCUUAUGCUGGAGGAAAGAAAAUUCACCCUCUAGAUAGUGCUUCUCAUCUACCUUCUACUCUGGUUUCUCUGCUUAUUCAAGGCAUUGCUCAAAAUACAAAUGGCAGUGUAUAUACACCUGAAGGUGGGGAUGAGGUUGAGGUCUCCGGUUCACCGACUGAAAAAGCCAUACUUCAGUGGGCCUGCAAGUUAGGAAUGAACUUUGACGCUGUUCGGUCUGAGUCUUCGAUUAUUCAUGUUUUUCCAUUCAACUCAGAGAAAAAACGUGGUGGAGUUGCUAUAAGGCUGCCUGAUUCACAAGUUCAUAUUCACUGGAAAGGAGCUGCUGAAAUAGUUUUAGCCUCAUGUACCCAGUACAUGGACUCCAAUGAUCAACUGUUAGCGAUGGAUGAGGAAAAGAUGGCGUUUUACAGGAAAGCAAUUGAAGAUAUGGCUUCUGGUAGUUUAAGAUGUGUUGCAAUUGCAUACCGAACAUGUGAUCCGAAAGAUAUCCCUAGUGAUGAAGAGCAGUUGACUAAGUGGGCAUUGCCAGAGGACGAGCUCAUUUUGUUGGCUAUCGUGGGCAUAAAGGAUCCUUGUCGCCCUGGUGUAAAAGUCGCAGUGCAGCUAUGCCAAAAUGCUGGAGUGAAGGUGCGAAUGGUUACUGGUGACAAUCUUCAAACUGCCAGAGCUAUUGCUUUGGAAUGUGGGAUACUUGGUUCAAAUGGAGAUGCUACGGAGCCGGAUCUUAUUGAAGGAAAAUCAUUCCGCGCAUUGUCUGAUGCAGAAAGGGUGCAAAUUGCAGAAAAGAUAUCUGUGAUGGGACGGUCUUCCCCAAAUGACAAGCUUUUGCUUGUUCAAGCGCUGCGAAAGAAGGGACACGUGGUUGCUGUGACCGGAGAUGGAACUAAUGAUGCUCCUGCUUUACAUGAGGCAGAUAUUGGCCUUGCGAUGGGUAUACAAGGCACAGAAGUUGCCAAGGAGAGCUCUGAUAUUAUCAUCUUGGAUGAUAAUUUCGCUUCUGUUGUGAAGGUUGUUAGAUGGGGCCGUUCUGUUUAUGCAAAUAUUCAGAAAUUCAUCCAAUUCCAGUUGACGGUUAAUGUGGCAGCUCUUAUUAUAAAUGUUGUGGCUGCUGUUUCUUCCGGUGAUGUUCCAUUGAAUGCUGUCCAGCUUCUGUGGGUCAAUCUUAUCAUGGACACACUCGGAGCACUGGCAUUGGCCACGGAACCACCGACUGAUCAUUUGAUGCAUAGGUCUCCAGUGGGUAGGAGAGAACCUCUCAUCACGAAUAUCAUGUGGAGAAACUUGCUCAUUCAGGCCGCUUAUCAAGUUACUGUCUUGCUGAUCCUAAAUUUCCGAGGCCGCAGCAUAUUGAACUUGCAACAUGAUGAUAGUGCUCAUGCUAACAAAGUCAAGAAUACUUUGAUCUUCAAUGCAUUUGUCUUCUGCCAGAUCUUCAAUGAAUUCAAUGCGAGGAAACCCGAUGAGUUCAAUGUGUUCAGUGGGAUCACUAAGAAUCACCUCUUUGUGGCCAUUGUUGCUGUGACACUAGUACUUCAGGUGCUCAUCAUUGAGUUCCUUGGGAAGUUCGCUUCGACUGUGAGACUUAACUGGAAGUAUUGGAUAAUAUCAAUUGUCAUUGCUGCCAUCAGUUGGCCCCUUGCCCUCGUUGGAAAGCUCAUACCAGUCCCAGAGACUCCGCUUAGCAAGUACUUCUCUGGACCAUAUCGUCGCUGCACGAGGAUAUUACGGGGUCGUCAGAGAGCUCCAUAAAAGUUAGAUUUAGGUCACGGGCUCGACAAAACAGAUACUGAAGCAACGUUAUGUACAACCCAGGCUUCUGCAAGCUCUUCUAUUUUGGGCUUGACAGAUGGAUCGUUCGUUGCAGGAAUUGGAUUUACAGUAAAUGAUCGUCUUUUGUGGUUGAAAUUCUUGUUGGAUUUCUCUAUUUCCCGUCUUUACUGUGAAUAUUUUUCUGCUUUAAAGGGUUUCUAACAAGGGAAAAUGUGGUCACUGUUUCUAAAGAUCACGUUUGUGCUGCUAACCUGAUACUUGCAAGUUUGAUGGUUUUUUAUGAAAACGAUUGUACAUUGUUUAAUGCAGUUUUUGUGAAAACGAUUGUACAUGGUUUAAUGCAGAAAUUGGGAUACUAUGGUGUCUUUUGUUCUA